AUGAGGCUCCCAUUUGGAGGGAAAUGCUUGUGUUAUGCGGACGACACCCUGGUGCUGGUAUCCGGAGAAUCGCAUGAGGAGGCAAUUAUGGUAGCGGAAUACGCGGUGGUCAUGGUGAUUGAGGGCAUCCAGAGACUUGGAGGCCCAAGGGAAAAACGCAGGAGGCUAUAUGCGAGCGUCGUGGUCUCGGUGACCAUGUACGUGGCGCCCGUGUGGGAGGAUGUUGUAAUUUCGGAUAAGUGGAUUAUGGACAAAGUCUCGAGAAUAUUUAGGCGCGUUGCGCUGAGAGUGAUAGCGGGCUACCACACGCUGUCGCACCGGCAGCGGCAGUUCUGGGAAGCGUCAUACCCUUCGAUAUUCAGGCGUCGCGCUUCAAGAGGGUGUACAUACAUCGGGAUCAGGCGAAGAUUAGCAGAGAGAAGAGACCUUCCGCUGAACUGGAGGGAGGAUAUAAAACGGGCGGAAAGGGACAGAACAAUAGGGAGAUGGAAAGAUAGGUUGAUGGAAAUAGUCGAGGGUGCCCCGGGAUAUAGGUGCAUCGAGAGCCUCGAGUGUAGCGCCAAGCGUCCGUGUCUCACCGUCGGUCAUAGACAAUCCGCGGUGGCGAGGAUCGCGCGACUCGUGGGUGCGCGAACAGUGCUGAAACAACGGUUCGUGCACGUGGGUGGUGGUGGUGAUCGCGACGGAUCUCUCGUAUGGCGCGAGAUCGACGCCGCUUUCGCCAAUCGCGUUAUGACCGGUGCCGUUAUAAACUCCAGACAUAUCGAGCCGCGACAAUUCCUCGAAGACGCUAAAAGUGUAGUGCUCGAGCGUGUGCGGGGCGCUAUAGACAUACACGGGAGCGUGAAGGUGAACACCGCCUUCAACGACGAGUUCGUCGCGGGUGACAAACGCACAGUUAUGGGGAUAAACGUUAAAAACUGUGAACUGUAUCGGUGCACCGAUCUGCGCGAGUGGUACGCGUCGCGCGUUAUCGAGCCCACGCUGGCGUCGCUCGAUGAGCAUCAGGAGCGCGACAGCGGGUGGGCGCUCUCGCGUAUUCUGAACCUAACGGUCAAUGUGAAUAAACUCAAUCCCAUGCGCGCGGGGUGUUACGUUACAUUUCCGGAAAAAUUUAAAAGGAAGGAAGCGAUCAACGUGCGAUCCAUGGACAAUGCGUGCUUCGCGUGGGCGGUGGUCGCUGCUUUGUACCCCGCGAAAAGAAACACGGAACGUGAAUCGUCGUAUCCGCAUUAUUCGAAAGUGCUCAACUUCGCGGAUAUCGAGUUUCCGGUAACGCUCAAGGACGUUGCGAAAUUCGAGCGGUCGAACGAUAUCUCGAUCAACGUGUACGGCAUCGAGGACGGGAACGUCCUCCCUCUGCGGCUCACCGACUGCAAGAGGGACAGGCACGUCAAUUUAUUGUACGUGCAAGACGGCGACGGCCACUUCGUGUGGAUCAAAGAUCUCUCCCGCCUCGUAGGAUCGCAGAUUAACAAAAAGAAGAAUAGGAAAUACUUCUGCGACCGGUGCCUCCACUACUUCUCCUCCAGCGAGAAACUGGAGAGACACAGCGAGGAUUGCCAAAAGCUCAACACGUGCGCUAUCCGCCUGCCGUGCGUGGAGCAAAGGUGGCUCGAGUUCAGCAAGCACUCCAGGAAGGAGCGGGUGCCGUUUAUAGUGUACGCCGACCUGGAGUGCGUCUUGCGGAAAACCGAGGAUGCCGCAGCAUCAUCAGCGUCGUACGCGUACCAACGGCACAAAGCGUUCAGUAUAGCUUAUUACGUGCGGUGCUCGUACGACGACUCGUUGUCCGAGUACAGGUGUCGGCGGGGCGACGACUGCGUCAGUUGGUUCGCGAGCCAGCUAGAGGCUUUGGCGCAUCGCGUGAAGAACGCGCUGACGACCAACCUGCCCAUGGACUUUACGCGCGACGACUGGCGGCGAUUCGACAGCGCGACGCACUGCCACAUCUGCGAGAGGCCGUUCGCUCCGGGUGACGAGCGGGUGCGCGACCACUGCCACCUCACCGGGCGGUACCGCGGUCCGGCGCACAUGGGAUGCAACGUGAACUACAAGGACUCCCCGUACAUUCCGGUUGUGUUCCACAACCUGUCGGGGUACGACGCGCACUUCAUCGUACAGGAGAUAGCGACGCGAUUCCAGGGACAGGUGGAUCUACUUCCCCUGACCAAGGAGAAGUACAUCUCCUUCACGAAACAUGUGAAGGACACCAGUGACCCUAGUGACAAAGACUCGCGAAAGUGCGUGAAACUACGGUUUAUUGACUCUUACAAGUUUCUGAGUGCGGGUUUGGACAAAUUGGCGUCGUACCUCGACAAGGACAAACUGAAAAUAGUGCGUUCCGAAUUCUCGGCUCUCGAAGACUUUAAUCUGAUCACUCGCAAAGGGGUGUUCCCCUACGAGUACGUGGACAGCGUGGAGAGACUGAACGAUACGCGCUUGCCGCCGCGCGAAUCGUUCCACAGCUCGCUGACGGGCGAUACGGUGUCCGAGAGCGAUUACGCGCACGCCGAGAACGUGUGGCAGCGGUUCGCCGUGCGAACGCUCGGCGAGUACAGUGAUCUCUACCUAAAAACUGACGUCCUGUUGUUGGCCGAUGUGUUUGAGAACUUUCGAGACAGUUGCGUCGCGAGCUACGGACUCGAUCCCGCGCACUACUACACCCUGCCCGGUUUCACGUGGGACGCGAUGCUCAAGCACACGCGCGUGAAGUUCGAGCUGCUCACGGACAUAGACAUGGUGAUGUUCGUCGAGCGCGGUAUACGCGGCGGUCUCAGCCAGUGUUCCGGCAGAUACGCGCGGGCCAAUAACAAGUACAUGAGGUCGUACGACCCGUCGGAACCGUCGUCGUACCUCGUGUAUUACGACGUGAACAACCUGUACGGCUGGGCGAUGUGCCAACCGUUACCCUACGGUGACUUUCAAUGGGUCGACGACGCGCACAAUUUUGACUUUACUACCGUCGCGCUCGAUUCACCCACCGGGUACAUCCUCGAGGUGGACUUGGAGUAUCCGCAACAUCUUCACGACGCGCACGCCGACCUGCCGUUCUGCCCGACGCGAGAGAAACCGCCCGGCAAGCGGGACGACAAGCUUCUCGCGACGGUAAGCGACAAGCAGCGGUACGUCGUCCACUACCGCAACCUCCAACAGUGCACGCGUCACGGUCUUCGCGUAACGAAGAUCCAUCGAGUGUUGCGAUUCGCGCAAUCCGCCUGGCUCCGCGACUACAUCGAAUUGAACACGCAGUUUCGAACGCGCGCGAAAAACGAUUUCGAGAAAAACUUGUACAAACUGAUGAACAACGCGGUGUUCGGCAAGACGAUGGAGAACGUGCGCGAACGCGUCGACGUUAAACUGGUGACGGCGUGGGAAGGACGAUACGGCGCUGAGGCGUUGAUCGCGAAACCUAAUUUCCACAGCCGCAGCGUCUUCGCGGAGAACCUGAUAGCGGUCGAAUUGCGUAAACUCGAGGUGAAAUUCGACAAGCCUAUCUACGUGGGUAUGUGCAUCCUGGACAUUUCGAAAACGUGCCUGUACGAGUUUCACCACGACUACAUGACGCCGCUGUUUCGCGAUAGAUGCGAGAUCAUGUACACCGACACGGACAGUCUGAUCUACCGUGUAGAGUGCGACGACGUGUACGAAACCAUGAAACGCGACAUAGACAGAUUCGACACGAGCGACUAUCCCGCGAACAACGCGUACGGUAUGCCCCUCGCGAACAAGAAGGUGCCCGGUCUCAUGAAGGACGAGAACAACGGCGCCAUCAUGACCGAGUUCGUCGGGCUCAGAGCGAAGAUGUACGCUCUGCGCGUCGACGGAAAGAGGGACACGAAGAAGGCGAAGGGGGUGAAGAGCAGCGUCGUAGCGCGAACGAUAUCGUUCGAGGAUUACACCCGGUGCCUGAAGGAUGACAUCGAAAUGACGCGCAGGCAGGCGUGCAUACGAUCCAAGUUACACCGGGUGUACACGGUGUCGGAGAAGAAGAUCGCUCUGAGUCCGUACGACGACAAACGAUACGUCGUACCGGAAUCGACGAACACCUUACCGUGGGGGCAUUACCGGAUAGUGUAG